AUUUAAAGCACAUUUUAAGUGUCUCGUUAAAGUAUAAAAUAUUGAUCUCCAUUCAAAACCAGAUCUUUAAAAUAUUAACUUCCUUGUCUUAAACAUUGAAAAAGUGCGUUGCUGAACAAGUCAGAUCAAUGUUAUAUUUUGUGGUGUAAAAAUGUAAAUGCUGGAUUUAAACAGGGAGAAAAUAAAUAAUAGUCAAUAUGGCUGAGACCAGUAAGGGGAAGUUUAUUAUUGUGGAAUGGGAUGAGAAAGGAACACAAGUGACGGAGAAAAAGCUUAAAACGUUUAUCAAAGCCAAUUCCAAAGAAGAACCUAUCAUUAAGUUUGGUACUCACAAGAAAAUAGCUCUUUUACAGUUUGAUAGCGAUAAAGAUGUGAAUUUCUUACGCAAUCAGUGGAAAAGCAACUCAUUUUGGGAGAUCAUAAAGAUUUACGUGGUACCUGAGACACAUAUGGUAAAAGUGUCUAACUUACCUCCCAGUGCGAAGAAGAAGGAUGUAUACAUGUUCUUUACGAAUGAAAAUAUGGUACACUUUGAGUACGAAAUUGACCUUCAAGAUCAGUAUUUCAAACCAAAAGACGGAGUCUGCGUACUGCACAUGAAAACAGCUGAUGAUGUUAAACGCGCAUGUCAAAUGUGUCCAAGAUUCAAAAAAUUUAGAGGAGGGAAUGUACUUGUUUUAGAACCAUAUUACGAAGAAAUAGUCCCUAUGCUGCCACUUGUUUCAGAUGAUAUUGAAGUAGAACCGGUUACAAUCGAAAAUAUUGACCACAUGAAAAUGAAGUUUAUGAAGGAAUUCUGUAAAGACGAAAUUGAACAUCGUUUUCAAGCUUCAUGCGCUCAAGUCCUUUGGUCUAAAAAUGGAAACAAAGUGAAGUUAAAGUUUGAAUGCGUGCAUGAGUCUAAAAGAAAGGAACAUGGCAAAGAAUGGGAAAAUAGAGUAAAAAAGCAACUACAAGACAUUCUUACGGAUAUACUUGUUGUUAGGAAAACUCUUUCUCAGGGCGUUUGGAAAGAGGUUCAGGACAUAUUAGUAAGGUUUCCAUCUGUCAAUAUCCUUAUCGAUGAGGAUGCUGUGCAGUAUCGAUUGACUAUUGUUGGACAUAUUGACGACAAGGUCAUAACAAAUAUUGUAAACGAAAUUGAUGCUAUUCAACCCGCAAAACCACUGGUAAAGAAAGACAUGAAGAUCAUUGACAAGAUUAAACUAGCAGCCUUUUCGCACCUUGAAUUGAAUGAAAUGGUUGAAGGUGUAACUGCUGAUUGUAAACCAGAAGCUGGGGUUAUCAAACUAGAGGGUGAAGAAGAAAUGAUAGCUGCAGCGGAGAUAGAAAUCUUGAAAAUCUUAAAUCAGAUUUUGUUGAAGUCAUCCAAAUUUUCUUCAAAAGAUGCAGCUGAUAUUUUGGCAACUCCUUUAAUGCGUGAUAAAAUUGAAGCAAGUACAGAAGACAAAGGAAAGAGAUGUGGCUAUUUGAUUGAGAAAAACAUGCUUCACAUUUUUUCUCUUGAUCAGUCAGAUUUAAACUUUUUUGAGGACACUAUUAUGACGCUUAUUUUUGAAAGUGAUGUCACAUUUCAAGGUAAAGUGGAAAACGAAAGACUUAUUAAAGCAGAACUAAAAAGAAUCGGAGACCAAUACAGCCCUUAUGUUGUACUUGAUUCUAAAAUAUCCAAAGAAAAGAUAGAGAUACAUAUUGUUUGCGGGAAAGACUUUUACGGCCCAGUGUGUGAUGAUCUGAAAGAAAAAGUAGAAUCGUUGCUCGUUACAACCGAAGAAAUUCAAGUUUCACCAUACAUUGUUAAGUUUAUACAGAAGAAAUCACUAGAACGAAUUCGUAAUAAAAUAAAAAACAGUGGUCAUCAAUUAAACGUGUUUGAAAGCAGCUCGGAAGAGAGGACGUUUAAGGUGAAAGGGAACGCUGCUCUUCGAAAGGAAAUUAAAAAGUUUGUUCAAGAAGAUGCAAAAAAGGUCCAUGCUUCGUGGAAACAUAUAGAAGAAGAGGGCAUUCACGAUUACUUUGCUGACGGAGACGGAGAAAGGUUUUUAUUGAAUGAAAUUGAAAAGCAUAAAUGCGAUUUUAGAAUUGCGACCCAGUAUGAAAUGAAGAAUGAAGACGUGCAUUGCAUUGUUCAUCUUGACUCUGGUCAAGCUCUUUUUGUAGGGACAGGAUCAUUAACUGAUCCUAAUCUUCCUGUUGACGUCAUUGUAAAUGCUGCCAAUCCUCAAUUAAAUCACAAAGGUGGGCUAGCUGCAGAAGUUGUUAAACAUGGAGGAAAAUCUAUUCAGGAUGAAUGUACCGAUUACAUCAAAAUGAAUGGCGAACUUGAGCCAGGUGAAAUUUAUGUCGGAACGGCUGGUCGACUUCCUUGCCAAAGAAUCAUCCAUGCUGUUGGUCCAAAGUGGGAAGGUGGAAAUCACGAUGAGGAUGUAGUCCUUGGAACAGUUGUUGAGAAUAUUCUUAAAGCGAUGAAUCAAGAUAAAGAGUUCAUACUUCGCUCCGUGGCAUUGCCUUUGAUAAGUGGUGGCAUCUACGGGUUUCCUCGUCCUGUUGCAGCAAACAUAAUGUUACAGACGAUGCAUGAUAAGUUAAAAAGUAAUAAAAAUGUGCGUGAGAUAUUCUUCUACGACCCAAAUCCAGAUGUUGUUAGAACGAUUCAGAAACAAAUGCAAGGAAUAUUCGGCGACAACUGUUUUCAUCUUCCAGUAAGCAAUGUAGGUGUCGGCAAAGGAACGAUGACAAAUUUUGCUCUAUCCAAGAAGUUUAACCUCGCUCGAUCGGGUUCAAGAACAUUACCUCUUCCUGGUGGUUCCAAAUUUAAGAUAAGUUGGGGAGAGCUACACACAACAACGGCUGAGGUAUUGGUAAACGCCACUUCAACAGCGCCAAGGCCAUCGGGAAAAGUAAGUGACAGCUUGAAAUAUGCAGCAGGAGCAAGUUUUGACAUGGAAAAUCAAUGCUCGAGGGAAUUUAGGAAAAUAAAUGCAGAUGGAAAUGUAGAAAAUGGAACACUUGUGAGGACUGACUCAGGACGGAUACCCUGCAAUGAAAUAUAUCAUAUCAAAAUCGAGAAAGUUUGGGACAAAAAAACCGGAUGCAGUUCUUUAGCUGGUUACAUAAUAACUUGUCUUAAUGAAGCAGUUCGACAAAAAAGAAGUUCUAUAGCAUUUCCAACAAUAGGGACAGCAGAUUGUCAAUAUCCUGGUGAUGAAGUAGCGGUGACAUUUAUAAGAACAAUCGGUGAAUUCAUGCAAAGCCAUCUCACAUGUUCCCUCAGAGAGGUUUUAGUGGUUAUCUAUGAAAAAGAUAUUAUAAACACAUCGGCAUUUGAGGUAACAUUGGAGAAGUUGUACAAUCAAAGGCCUCACAGACUAUUGGCUGAUAUAGAGGAAAAGCUAAACGCAAAAGAUGGUACACAAACAAUAAAAAAUGGCGCAACAGCAACGACAGCAACAAAAGCGCCCCCGAAGAGACCAGGAUCAGCUGUCCAUAGAAGAAAAGCAGCGAACAAACAAAAUGAAGGCUCGUAUGCCAUUGAUGGUAGUGGCGGGGUCAUUGUUGACUUGGAAGUUGGGGGUAUCGAAAAUACAAAGGCUGAUGCUUUAGUAUGUACAAGUUCAUCUUUUCCCAACCUGAAUGGCGCUAUAGCAGGUGCAAUUUCCAAAGCAGGAGGUCCUGAUAUAGAAAAAGAGUGUAAAAGAUGCUAUAAAAGUUAUCCAAACAAUGGCGUUGCAGUAACAAAACCUGGCAAUCUUAAUUGCAAGAAAGUAUUUUAUGUUGUUCUCAAGGACUAUGUUCCGGCCAAUGCAAAGUUGGUAUAUGAGGGUGUAAGUAAGUGUCUUGAACAAGCAGAGAAAGAGAAACUAUCAUCUAUUGCUAUGCCUACAUUUGGAACUGGAGGGUUUAAAUACCCUGAUCAAGUCUCAGCAGAUCAGAUGUUUAAAGCGAUUAAAGAUUUCUUCAAACAAAAGAGAUCAUAUCUGAAAAUAAUAGUUAUAGUAAUGUAUGGUCCAGCCCAACAGACAUGUCAGGUAUUCUCACAAGAAGCAGCAAACUUCUUUACACACAUCAAAGCCCCUUCUUCCCAGGCUGCUGAAUCAAAGCAAGUCCAUGUCCAAGUUCAAAAUGCUGGAGAAGAUUUGUGGAAAGUACCAAACACUUCUACCUCUCUUGAAAUAACAUACGGGAACCUUGAACUUGCAAAGGCCGAUGUCAUAUUAGAUACAACUACUAGCUUCCCGAAUCUCAAUGGUAUCAUUCCUAAUUCACUUUGCAAACGAGCCGGUCCUGAACUAAAGAAGGAAUGUGAAAGCUUUAAAGGAAAUGUGAGCGCCGGUAUGAUUGUUGAGACAAAGGGUUAUGACCUUGACUGUUCUAAAGUGUAUCACUAUUACAUGCCAACAUGGAAAGACGCUACUGGAGAACAGACAAUAAGCAACUGUUUAGACGACUGUCUUCAGAAAAUGAAACAGAGUGGAUUGACAUCUAUUGCGGUUCCUUCUAUAGGAUCAGGUGGGGCAGGAUACAAUCCGAGAAAAGUAGCACGUGGUAUUUACAGAGCUGUUCAUGAUUUCGGCACAGCCAACACUAAAGUGAAAUGCCACAUCAACCUAGUAUUGUACCCAGCCACAAAAGACAUCAAUAAAACAUUUGUAGACGAGCUGCAAGUCUUCAUGAAAGGCGGAGCAAUUCCAAAACCCAAAGGUGUAAGAUUUGCAAACGACGAUGCUGACGAAGAUGAUGUUAAACCAAAGUUAAAGAUGAAUGAAGAUAUCGUUAUACCAUCAAAAAGGAGGGACUUCGUUCUCAUACAAUUUAUCUCUGACGAUUCCAAAAAUGUGGAUGUUGCUUUUCGUAGUAUAAAAGCUCAAGUAACCAAGGAAACCAGGCAUAAAACUAUAGAAUUGAAAAAGGAUGGCCACUAUGAUGAUCUGGAGCUUGUGAUUGCAGACAAAGCAAAGCAUAAGAAAAAUAUAGAAGAAAUGGGUGAGGACUAUCAUGUCAAAGUUGUAGUUGACACAGGCGCCAGAAAAAUUAAUCUAAGAGGUAUGGGUGGUGGUGUCAUUAAAUGUUACGAAAGAAUUCUUCAGUACUUACAUAAUAGAAGAAAGGAGGUUACAUCAAUCAACAUUGGAAAAAUAGUUUACCAGUCAAUUGAAUGGUACUACACAGAAGACAAUGGAAAAAUAUGGGUUCCCUAUGCUGGACACAUCAAGUAUCUUCUUGAAGAUGCUUUUCUAACAAACGCUACGAAGAAGGAUUUUCGCGAUGUCAAUGAAAAGAUGUAUGAAGUUGAUUUUACACAGAUGGAAGAAUAUGUGAAAGAGAAAAAAGACAAAGCAACUACUAUUAAAGUAAUUAGAAAAGAUUUGACAGAAGGCACUAUAAAGGCAUUACCAUUAACAUGGCAAGGGAUGGCAGAUUCUGAAAACCUGAAAGAGUGCACACUAAAACCUACUGACCAAGAGUACAAGGAUGUUGAAGCUAACUUUAGACAAACACUCGAUGGAUACAACGUUACGAUUAUAAAGGAGAUACGAAGAAUUCAGAAUCGCACAUUAUACCAGCAAUAUCAGACCAAAAAGGAGCAGUUGGAGACGGAACAUGUAAACAACCCCGGGCUACAGAUUGAAAGUACUCUUUGGCAUGGUACUCAAGAGGAUAAAGAAAAGUCAAUUACCUUCAACGGCUUCAAUAGAAGUUAUGCUGGUCUCACUUUCCAAAAUGUGUGGUAUGGCAUGGGUGUAUACUUUGCUGUAAGAUCGAGCUAUUCCACUGCACAGUUUUACUCACCUCCUGACAAAAACGGCUUAAAGAGGGUGUAUCAGGUCAAGGUCCUUACAGGGUUGACAACAGCUGUGCAGCAGGGGUAUCAAGAACGUUAUGCACCACUGGUUCCUGGCUCGAACAUCGAUAGAUACAACUCGACCUGUGACGACAGUGUUAAUCCAUCAGAGUUUGUGAUUUAUAACGAUACUCAAGCGUACCCAGAAUAUAUCAUACUGUUCCAAUAAGAAUGAACAGUUGAUAAAUAAACCUUUGUGACAUAUGAACAUAAACUAGAAUUGUGAUUUUUUUUUGCUCGCUCAAUAUUGUACAUGUAGUUGAAUCUUCUUUUGCUUCUUUUAAAUGUAUGAUUUUAUUGUAUUAUUUGUAUUCUGUAUGGAAUACAAACUACCACUUUUUACGGUUUGCUAUUUUUUAGCAUGAUAAGAGCAUCUAUCUCUAACAUGCUAUAAUUUUUUUUUUUAAUAUUAUCAAACACAGAUUCUACAAAGGCAAACUCAUAUUCAUUUCUGAAGUUAAAUGUGCCAUUAAUCGGAUUUUGUAAUAGAGUAUGAAAGUUUUAUUAUAAGGAAAUUUCUCUUACUGGCCUUACAACUGAAUGAGUUGUAUUUAUAAUGAACUGGUGUUGGCAUUCGAAUUUAAUAUAUUAUUAUAAUAUUUAUGAAAAUCCUAUUCAUAUCUGAAAUCAAUUUACUUUUUCAUAUUACAUUACAUGUGAUGUACUGUGCGUAAUUGUCUGAUAUACUAACAUACGUUAUGUGUCAAUGGCUAAUCUUAUUUUAAAUCUUUGCUUGACAAUAACUACGGUUUAAUUUCAUUUAUUUAAAGGUAUGUUGCAUCAAUUACCGCCAUAAAUUAUCUAUGAUAUUCUCCUUAUUGUGUAUGAGAUCACAGUGUAUCAUUAAAAGAUUGAAACUAGAUACUUGUACUCAAAUAAAAUAUAAUCGUGACAUAAAAUGAAUAUUCAGGAAAUUCGUUUUCAAUAUUAAUCGUAUUAUAUAAAUAUGCAAGUCUUAGUCAAAUUUUCUAAUAAGCUUAUCGAACCGUAUGUGAUAAAUACCACAUGUAGGCUUGAAUAAUUUAUGCAGUAAAAUUAUUCUCUAUUUUCAUAUGACAGCAAAACAGAAUUUUGAAGUUUGUUUAGUUGUAUUCAACUAAAAAAAAUUUAUUUGUCAGUUUAGUAUUGUAAUUUCCGACCUAAUGUUGCAUUUCAAGUUACUUUUUCACUAGCGUCCAUAGUGCGAAUGUUAAGCUUUAAUCUGAUAAAGAAAUAGCUGGAACCAGGUAAGAAUGAUCCAUUUGAUGUACUUGUUUAGAAUCGUACUUUGUAAAGCCAACAGUAAAAGAACAAUAUAAAUUCUUAUACAUCUCUAUUAUGCUUUCAUUCUAACUGUUUAUUACAGUACAUAGUGCAGGUUUUGUUUCGUACAAAAUUCAUACCAUUUGUGUUAUUAUAUUAAACGUUUGAAUCCCUUAAUGUAUUCCCAGUAAUACCACUAUACAUCAUAUAUUUACAAAAGAGUUUGUAUUUGUAAUAUUUCAAAGUAGGUUCCUAUUGCAGAGGAGGAUUUGAAUAUUUUGCUAGUACCGUUUUACAUUACAAGAAAUGACCGCCUCCGUGGUCAAGGGAUUAGAGUCGAUGCCUUCUAAUCCAGUUCCCUCUCUGGUGUGGGUUCGAUCCCCGGGAGAUACUUUGGUAGUUUAGCACGGAGGAAGGUAGUCUAGUACUGGUGUAACUCUCAAGGAACGAUGAUUAGGAAACUACCCGCCUAUAUGACUGAAAUACUGUUGGGAAAAGGCGUAAAAUGAAACAAACAAACAAACAAAUAAAACAUUACAAGAAGAUACCGAACUAAAUUUACAUUAUGUAGUUGACAUAUUGCUUGUAAGAAGAAAUCAAUUAUGCAUGAUAUAUAUAUUGUAUUGUAUUGUUCGUGGUAACAUUUUUAUAUCACAAUUUAUAUUGCUUUGGAUAUGUUGAUAUUAAGUAUAGAUUUUUUACGUUUUGUUAUUUUGUUUUAACGGAAGAAGGAGGGAGCAUGUACUACAUUUGUCA